AUGCCCAUGAUAGGUUCUCUCUCAAUAGAUGAGGAUCGCGUCAGAGCUCGACGAGCUAAAGAUGUGGAGCGAAAACGUCGCGAGCGAUCAAAUGACAAGAAACGUGAAUACGAGCGUGAAGCCGACAGAAAUCGAAGGGCCGAAUCACGUUCUCGUCAAACUGAAGCUGAACGCGAAGCCGGGCGUGCUGCUGAUCGACAGCAAAAGGCGGAAUUGCGUCUUCGUCACACCGAAGUUGAACGCGAAGCCAACCGUGUCGCUAAUAGGCAGCAAAUAGCCGAAUCACGUUCUCGUCAAACAAAAGAGCAAAAGAAAAAAAAGCCAAAAACGCAACUCCUCGACUCGAGCGAUUCGAAAUGCUGA